CCUUCACAACCCGGGGCUGGGAAGUUUCACACCAGGACCGUCUUUGCCGAGGAUGGGCUGAGUAUCCAGAAGGAGGGGAGGAUUUCGUCAAGGUGGAAAAGAGCAGGAGCAGCCGGCGCGUGUGUGUGUGUGUGUGUGUGUGUGCGCGCGCGGGUCUGUGGAGUACGCCUUCCCGGGGGCUUCUGCCGAGGAGUGGACAGGCUAUCGGAAGAACCAGAGCCAGAAGACGACAGAAAUAACAUCAAAAGGAGGAUUCAUUUCGAUCUCCGUCUUCUACGUCCGUCAGACGGGGGCCAUGUUGUCUUUUGUCUGCAUUACCAUACGAUUCUGAUACCCGCAAAAGUUUUGGUGAAAGUGAAUAACUUCCAACUGCCCUAAAUUUCUACUCUAUGGGAUCCUUUUCGCCGAAGACCCACCAGCAGGAUUAAAAGGCCGAGAGGAGGAACGUGGGCCAGAGACGUCAGCGAUGGCCGGAAUGAAGAUUGCUUCUCAAAGUGAGUCAUGACAAAAUGGUAGACUGUAUCAACAAAGUCAUGCUGCAUACAGCCGUAUCAUGUUGGCAACCAUUCCUGGGGCUCGCCCUCGUGGCCGUCUUCAUCAGCUCCGCCUUCAGCUGCCCCACCCGCUGUGAGUGCUCCGCCCAGAGCAAGUCCGUCAUCUGCCACCGAAAGCGCCUGCAAAGCAUCCCAGAUGGUAUCCCCAUGGAGACCAGGGUCCUGGAUCUCAGCAAGAACAAGCUGCAAGCAGUCAACCCCGAUGAUUUCUUGUCCUACACCCACCUGGAGGAACUCGACCUCAGUGGUAACAUCAUUAGCAAUGUGGAACCCGGCGCCUUCAGCACGUUGUUAAACAUGCACUCUCUCAGCCUGAAGGGCAAUCGCAUCAAGCUCAUCACACUUGGAGUUUUCACCGGCCUCUCCAACCUGACGCUGCUGGACAUCAGCGACAACAAGAUUGUCAUCCUGCUGGACUAUGUGUUCCAGGACUUGCACAACCUCAAAACCUUGGAAGUAGGUGAUAAUGACCUAGUAUACAUUUCACACAGGGCCUUCAGUGGUCUACUCAGCCUGGAGACAUUGACCCUGGAGAGGUGUAACCUGACAAUGGUGCCCACAGAGGCCCUGUCCCACCUUCACAAUCUCGUCAGCCUCCACUUGCGUUAUCUUAGCAUCAGUACCCUUCAUCCUUACUCCUUCAAGAAGCUUUUACGUUUGAGGCAUUUAGAGAUUGACAACUGGCCCUCCCUGGAUGUGUUCCCUGCCAAUACACUGCAUGGUCUUAACCUCAGCACACUCUUCGUAACCAACACCAACCUGUCUGCCUUCCCCUACCAGGCCCUCAGGCACCUGUCUCACCUCACGGUACUCAAUUUCUCCUUCAACCGCAUCAGUCACAUCGAGGGGGGCAUGUUACGUGACCUGGUGCGCCUCCGCGAGUUCCACUUGGCAGGGGCCCAGCUGGUCACCAUCGAGUUGCACGCCUUCCAGGGCAUGCGGUGGCUCAAGGUGCUGAACGUUUCCCACAACCGGCUGGACACCUUGGAACGGGGCGUGUUCCAGGCCCCGGAGAGCCUGGAGGUCCUCCUGAUCAACAGUAACCCGCUGGUGUGUGACUGCCGCCUGAUGUGGAUCUUGCAGAAGAGGCACUCGAUGCACUUCGGCAACACGCAGCCUGAGUGCAACACGCCGGAGGGGAUCCGGGGAAGGCCCCUUCAGGAUGUCAAGGAGCCUCUGCUGUCCUACUACGUGACGUGCUCCAAGCCGAAAAUCCGGGAGAACAAGACGCAGACGCUCAUCGUGGAUGAGGGCCAGCCUGUGAGGCUCCACUGCAGUGCCGACGGAACCCCGAGGCCUGUGGUGUCCUGGUUCACGCCACGCCGACGCCAGGUCACCAGCAGGAACAACGGCAGGGUUACCGUCCACGCUAAUGGCACUCUGGAGAUCAGGGCCACCGAAGCGCAUGACACCGGAGUGUACGUUUGCAUGGCUGUCAACGCUGCAGGGAACGAUAGCCUAUCGGCUUCUUUAGCCGUGAAAAGUCGCGGCACCAGUGAUAGGUCGCUUUAUGCCAACAGGACCUCUCAGUACUACACUGACCCCAGCAACACUACAGCCAACGGGACUAACUUGUACAACAUGACUUUCGGUCUGGACCUAAAGACCAUUUUGGUAUCGACAGCCAUGGGUUGCUUCACAUUCCUGGGCGUGGUCCUCUUCUGUUUCCUGCUCCUGUUUGUUUGGAGCCGUGGGAAGGGAAAGCAUAAAAACAACAUUGAUAUAGAGUACGUCCCACGGGCAAAUGGGUCUGGAGCAGAAGGAGCAGAGCAAGCAGGACCCCGUCGGUUUAACAUGAAGAUGAUUUAAUGUCGCUGUUGGAUUGUGGUGGCAGUGCUGGGCAACAGGAACCUCUGGAAAAUAGUGGUGGCUUUCCUGAGCCGACCCCAGGAAAGACUGCAGCCAGGACCUCUGGCAGAAGGCAGAGCUGCGAUAGGCAUCACAGAUACCGCAUGUAGAUCGCUUGCGAUACCCGUACAGAGUCGGCGGUCACCCUUCCAGUCAGUAUUAAUGGACCUCAAACGAAAGGCCGUUCGUUGGUGUCCUUGAUCAGCUUUUCACAAUUUUUACCGUCUACAUGAAAACAAUCGGAGGGGAUUACAAAGACGUUACUGAAGUGUGUACAGUACGAAUUUGUAUUUAACAAAUUACUCUUAUUUGUUAAGGCUUGCAUCAUGCUUAUUCACUGCAAAGUAGCAACGAUAUAGAACAUUUUAACAUACUAACAAUACUACAUAUAUAUACUUAAUGCUACGUUAGGUAUAUGUAUGUACUGGACACUCCUGCAUCAUUUUUAGCAAUACUCAGCCUAAUUGAGUUUAGCCCCUUUCAUUAAUGCAUUACCAUCAGGCUUUGUCGAUUCACCAAUACUAAAUGGAUAACCUGAAAUCAUUUAAGUGGGACUUUAUGAUACCGGUGACCAACUCACAAGGAGAUAUGUUCUGAAAUAAUCAUAGGGAAAACUGCUCUGACGCCCUGCAAACUAUGAAUAAUGAAACAAAAGUUAUAUAUAAAAAUGAUUUUUGUUUAUUCUCAUAAAACACAGCCAAUGUUUUAUGAUGCGUGUGUCUCCGAUUUCAAGAGUUAGAAAUUGCCAAUUAUUUAAACUCUAUUUGGGGACAAUGUGUGUGCGGUUCAUUUCUUCGCCGUUUCUCCUCCUCGUUACGGGCAGCCUCGUUAAUCACAGUCUGUCCUCCUGUUCCGCUCACCAUGUCCUCGUCCUCUUGGCCCCGCCCUCCCGAGGAACUUUCUUGGUGACCAGUUGCCGUUACGUGUCUCCAUCUCACUACGAUGAGAUUUCCAUCUUUUUCUCCCCCGCCCAGUUAGAAAUUUGGAAUUUGUUGUGGUAGCUUCUCAUUUUGUUGUUAAACCUCAUUUAGAUUGUGAAAAGUACAAAACAAACAACGAAAAAAUCUAUGUAUGUCAAAUAAAAAGAUUAUUUGUAA